GGGGCGGCGAGUGGAGCUGCGGGAGCCGAGCGGGACGCGGCGCGGCGGAGGCGGCGGCGGCGCCAGGGGCAGGAGCGGGAGCGAGGGACGGCGCGGAGCCGCUGCGGACGGUACAGCAUGUGCACAGAGCUCAAUAAUGGAUGUUCCAUGGCAAGUACAUCAGAAGAAGGUGUAACAGGCUGUAAAAUUAAGCUAAACUUGAAUUCUUGGUCCCAAGAGCGCCAGGAAACUCAGAAAAGGAAAUAAUUGGAAGAAUAUUGAUCUAGACUUGAAGAAGUGGAACACAUCAUCAACAUAAUACCAGAUCCUGGUGCUUUUUGAAUCUUUGGAGGAUUGUAUUCUUUAGGAAUUGCUAUUGACAUUUUAACUAUCCCAUUUAGUACAUUUUUAAUCUGUUUGUACAUAAAGAUUAAUCUGGACAACUUGAGUUUUGUUAUUGUUUAAGUACAUUAUUGAAUGUUAAAAUAUUUGCCAAGAUGAGUGCAGAAGGAUACCAGUACAGAGCUUUAUAUGACUACAAAAAAGAGCGAGACGAAGACAUUGACUUGCACUUAGGGGAUAUAUUAACUGUGAAUAAAGGUACCUUAGUAGCACUUGGAUUUAGUGAAGGGGAAGAAGCGAAGCCUGAGGAAAUUGGUUGGUUGAAUGGCUGUAAUGAAACCACAGGGGAGAGGGGCGAUUUUCCAGGAACUUACGUAGAAUAUAUUGGAAGAAAAAAAAUAUCUCCCCCGACUCCGAAGCCUCGUCCUCCUCGACCCCUUCCUGUAGCACCAAGUUCUGCAAAAGUUGAAGCAGACAGUGAGCAGCAAGCUUUUACACUUCCAGAUCUUACAGAGCAAUUUUUGCCUCCUGACGUCGCUCCACCAAUUCUUAUCAAGAUAGUGGAGGCUAUUGAAAAGAAAGGUCUGGAAUGUUCAACUUUGUACAGAACACAAGGGACAAGCAGUAUUGCAGAAUUAAAACAAAUUCUUGAGUGUGAUGCCUCUUCAGUGGAUUUUGAGCCAAUUGAUGUGCAGAUCUUAGCAGAUGCUCUCAAGAGGUAUCUCCUGGACCUGCCAAAUUCUGUCAUUCCAGCAUCUGUUUACAGUGAAAUGAUUUCAGGAGCUCAAGAAGUGCAGAGCUCAGACGAAUAUGCUCAGUUGCUGAAGAAACUCAUCAGGUCUCCAAAUAUACCUCACCAGUAUUGGCUCACUCUCCAAUAUUUGCUCAAACAUUUCUUCAGACUUUGUCAAACCUCCAGCAAAAAUCUCUUGAAUGCAAGAUCCUUAGCUGAAAUUUUCAGCCCUCUGCUUUUCAAAUUCCAGUUAGGAAGCUCUGAUAAUGCUGAACACCUCAUAAAAAUCCUAGAAGUUUUAAUCACAAGUGAAUGGAAUGAGAGACAGCCUGUACCAGCACUGCCUCCUAAGCCACCAAAACCUAAUACUGUAAUUAACAACGGUAUGAAUAACAACAUGUCUUUACAAGAUGCUGAAUGGUAUUGGGGAGAUAUCUCAAGGGAAGAAGUAAAUGAGAAGCUUCGUGACACUGCUGAUGGUACCUUUUUGGUACGAGAUGCUUCUACCAAAAUGCAUGGAGACUACACGCUUACACUAAGGAAAGGAGGAAAUAACAAAUUAAUCAAAAUAUUUCACCGAGAUGGGAAGUAUGGCUUUUCAGACCCAUUAACUUUCAACUCUGUGGUUGAGCUAAUAAACCACUACCGGAAUGAGUCUCUAGCCCAGUAUAAUCCGAAACUGGAUGUAAAAUUACUUUAUCCAGUAUCCAAGUACCAGCAGGAUCAAGUUGUGAAAGAGGACAGUAUUGAAGCAGUGGGAAAAAAAUUACAUGAAUAUAACACUCAGUUCCAAGAAAAGAGUCGAGAAUAUGACAGACUCUAUGAAGAUUACACCAGAACAUCUCAGGAAAUUCAAAUGAAAAGAACAGCUAUUGAAGCAUUUAAUGAAACAAUAAAAAUAUUUGAAGAGCAGUGUCAGACACAAGAAAGAUACAGCAAAGAGUAUAUUGAAAAGUUUAAACGGGAAGGAAAUGAAAAAGAAAUACAAAGAAUAAUGCACAACUAUGAGAAAUUGAAGUCUCGAAUAAGUGAAAUUGUGGACAGCAGACGUAGACUAGAAGAGGAUUUAAAGAAGCAAGCAGCUGAAUAUAGAGAGAUUGACAAACGUAUGAACAGCAUUAAACCAGACCUUAUACAGCUUAGAAAGACAAGAGACCAGUACUUGAUGUGGUUGACUCAAAAAGGUGUUCGGCAAAAGAAGUUGAAUGAAUGGCUGGGCAAUGAAAAUACAGAAGACCAAUACACUAUGGUGGAAGACGAUGAGGAUUUGCCCCAUCAUGAUGAGCGAACGUGGAAUGUGGGAAAUAUCAACAGAAGCCAAGCUGAAAAUCUGCUGAGGGGAAAACGGGAUGGAACAUUCCUUGUUCGGGAGAGCAGCAAACAGGGUUGCUAUGCCUGCUCUGUUGUGGUGGAUGGAGAAGUAAAGCACUGUGUCAUAAACAAAACCCCUACUGGGUAUGGAUUUGCAGAGCCAUAUAACUUGUACAGCUCUCUUAAAGAACUGGUGCUACAUUACCAACACACAUCACUCGUGCAGCACAAUGACUCUCUCAAUGUCACACUAGCCUUUCCAGUAUAUACACAGCAGAGGCGAUGAAGACCUUAAUACUCAGUUUUAAAACAAAAAAAAUCAACAACACUGAGGCCUCUGGAGAGAGAAGGUUCCUUUCAGCCUGAUUUGUGAAUUUCAGCUGCAGUAUCAAAGCUGCCUGUCUGCAGAUGGGACUAGAGCUUUCUUGACAACUGCAGUGGGAGAGAUCACAGUAUUAAGCUGUGAAUAUAUGUUUCUAAUCUAAAGUGCUUUUUUAUUGAGAAAAGAAAAACACGAGAGAGGGAAAUGCUAUACCUAUCUCCCUGCAGGAACAUAGAGGCCUUUAACCAUGGUGCUUGUUUACGAUCUCUUUGAAGCUUUACCAGCUAGAAUGUGGGAUUCUGCAGACCCCAGGGGCAACAGGUCUGUGUAAUUCUGUUUAUGGAAUUUCUCAGUCAUGGCGAGGUUCAGAUUUGGUGUUGCUGUACUCAGUGGAUCCAGGCACAGAGCAUUGUGGAUUUUCAUUUCCUGAUGAAUGAUAUGUAGCAGAAUGGCACUUUCACUUAUAAGGGACACUUUAAAAAGACUUCGGUUACAGUAUGUUGUUCAGAGGAAAUGAUGUAGUAGCAAAGUGCCAGGAAGUGUUUUGUUUAGAUGUUUAAAAUCUCGUGUUAAGAACAUAUUUAAGACUGAAGAGAAUGGGACUUUCAAUGGCAUAUGGUAUAUAAAAAUGUACAUAGUGGAUGACUAUCUAUCAUCAAUGGAAACUAUCAAUACCAAACUGCUUCUAGUUUCUCUUUUCUGUUUGCUGAAAGCUGAAUCCUUAGGCAGUGCUAUGCAAUACUGAAUUUUCUUUUCGUUUCUUUUGGUAUUUCUUUUUCAAAUAUACCUACAGGAUAAGCUUUUUUUCCUGUUUUUUUUGUUGCCUGAAAAAUGUUUUUCCUGAGUAUUAUUUUUUGUUAAUAUUCAUUUUGUUGUUCGGGUUUUGUUUUGUUUUGUUUUUUUAAGAAAUGUACAGAAUGCCAGUAAAAAUUGGCUUCAGAAUUAAAACUAUGAAUAGUUUACAGGUUUCCUUGUAUAGAAGGUUAAAAAGUUCCUUCCCUGCCCCCCCCCCCGGACUAAAUAUUUUGUUGGGCCGUGCCUGAUAAGCUUCAAAGCUGCUUUAUUCAAUAAAAAUAUAUGAGCAUUACAAAGUAUCACUGAGUCUAAAAAUAUUGUUUCAAGGAUAACUUUAGAAUAUGGUACCAUGCUGUAUUUGCUUGUUGGCGCAUUUUGAACGUCUGUCCCGAUUGUCUUUGUAUUUGGAAGGGAAAAAAAUGUACACCCCCUCCUGAGCGUUACUGUGGAAGAACAAAUGAAACCCUGGAUACUAGAGCAGUCCGUUUGGAUUUCAAGCUCCAUCCACAUAGUAAAUCCAUCGUAAAAAGCAAAUCCAGCAUCUUGACCUACCAUAGUAGCUUUUUGUCAGCAUGCCAAGCUACCUUUCAUUUCAUAUGAAGGAGGAAAUUUCUCUAAAAUGUGUUUUGUUUUUUGUAUUACUAGAAAAAGACUCCCAAGUAUGUUCUGAACAAUAGGGUACAAGACAGGGUUAAUUCAGAUGAAAAACCCUUGCUUUUUUAACAUUAGGAUUUCCAUAACAAACUUCUGUUGUUUUUCACAAACUUAUUUGCUGAAAGGUAAUGUCAUCUAAAAGAACAAAUUUUAGGUACCAGAGAGUUACAGGAUUUCUGUUAGUUAAAGAAACAAAGGAUGUCAGUGUCCCACUUACCAAAAUUGUAAAGGGUUAUUCAUUGUGGGUUUCUGACAUGGUUAUCCACUCACAAUAUUGGAAAAAUUCAUGCUGCUGCUUCACAUUUUACAGAUUAAUAGGGCAAUGAUGUCUGAGAAGACUCUUGAAGAUUUUUAGUCCAGGUGAAGAUAUGAAUUUGUUUUUCCCUUGAACUACAAGUGGAACACCUUUUAUUGUUAAAGGGAGUUAGUUGCAUGCACAAUGGAAGGAAUAAGUCCCAUUGAGUUCUCUGAUUAUUUUCACCUUUCAAAAAUGUACAUCUCUUAAAAGGAAGUAUUAAGUACUUAUUUAGACAUCUGUACCUUUUAGAAAUACUGUUAGGCAAUUAGUUUGUCACCUGUGGUUUAUUUCUACAUUACCUCUUCAUUUCUGAUGCUGUGAGGUUUUUGUUUUUAUUUUGGUUUUGGUUUUUUAGCCUGUUGACUUUGCUUUUCUGUGGAAUGUAUUUUAUCUUACCAGAACCUAAUCUUUCACACAUCAGGGAGCAAAGCUCAACCAUCAUUAAUGUCUCAGGACAAUUACAAUUUCAAAAUCAAGCUGAACUUUUUUCCAGUUAUACAAGCCUACAGUUCAUCUCUCCUUCUCAGGCAGACUUCUCAAAGACAAUCUGAAUUUGUUUUUUCUAAUGCCUUUCCUUUACUUCACCAAUUAUUCUGCUUUUAAUGUCAUUCAAUAGAGCUCGAAAUUCAAAUCCAUCCAGUAUACAGCAAUUAAGCAACCUUCAUAGUAUGUCAAAAUAUCCUUCUAAGGAUAAACAAAAAUUAAAAAUAUUAAAGAUGUUGGAGGAAAUGUAUUACAUUUAUUUUCUUUAGGCAAAAUGUACAUAGCCUGGAUUGAUGUGUCACUUAAAACACUUUUCAGGAAACGAUGUAGUAGACAGACAUUUGGGACCUGACUUUCCUCUCACGUCCACAGAAGUCAGUGGGCCCAGUUCUCAGCUGGGAUACAUUGGGUUGUUCCAUUGAUUUCAGUGGUGCUAGGCCAAUUUACACCACCUGCGGAUCUGUGCUUACAGUGGAGAAAAACUAGUAUAUGUGAGAAUCGGGCCCCUGACUUCUCUUGAACAAACAAGGACAAAGCUGAGAAGAUUUUUUUAUUAAGGGAUCUUAACUUGAAAUUUAGCCUGCACAAGGUCUAUGCACUACUUACGGGUCAUUUAAACCCUCAAAAUAGGGCUUUAGUUGGUUUGAUGUGGUGUCUAGGCCAUGUGUGGGCUCUCUGCAAAGUGAAUUGUACAGUCCUGCAGCUUUGUCAAACACCUUUUUUGAUUGCUGAGUUUUAUGCCCUUUAUAUAUUGUAUGAUCCACUCACUUUAGUUGAACUAAACCAGCUUUACUAUACCUGGAAACUCAAACUUCAUAUGAAACAAAGAUAUGUUGAUAUAACUGAAGAAACAUGAUGCUUUUAAUGUCAUUUCAGCGGUAAUUUUUCCAUCUAAUAUGAUUAAAGAUUUUGAAUACUUAAGUCUCUGAGCUGCCGCAGUACUUUUUACAAGGCUGCUGAAAGGUAGAUGUACAUGUGACCACAAGAAAAGUGAGAGAAAGCAAAUUAUUGUUUCUUUAAACUGAAGCUUGGAUUUGGGAGCAGGGGUUGGAGGGGUGUGUGUGUGUGUGGAUCAUAAUCUAGGUGCAUCUUUCACCAAAUACAGUCCUUUUGCUCAAUCAAAACACAUGCUGUCACUCAUUUCUUUGUUUAAACACACACACACACCCCUUUUUUUGGUGAAAGUUGUUUCCAAAUAAAGUGAGAAGAUUGUGUAGUUCUGUUUUUAAAAACAACUCCUCUGGAUGGUUCACUUAUCUAUCAAAAAAUUUGUAAAGCCAAAUCUUCUGUUUUAAUGCCAGCUGUUCUGUAGAAAAGGAGUGGCUUUGUCUUGUAAUUGGCAAUGAACUAUAAUGCUUGGGAAAUCCUUCUGAUGCUUCUAAUUGGGAAAACUUCUGUCGGUUAUAACACAGUGCUUUUGCUAUGCAUGGUAUUCAGUUGGGAAAGUGAAUCCUGAUAUUAUUUUUCUUCAGGGUCACUUUAGAAAUGGGCAGCUCAACGCACAAUGCCUCCCAUGGGACAAGGUUCCAAAAUGCAACAUUCUGUGCAAAAAAAAAAAAAAUAUUACUAUCAUAGAAGGCUAAACUGGACUGAUGUGUGAGUUGAUAGUUACAUUGCACUUGUCCCUAUGAGACUGCAUUAGCUGCCCAAGAUGCUGCUAUUUUUAUAUUCUUGUUUUAAAAAAUAAAACUCUGUUCUGUUAAAUGUCUUUAAAACAUUAAAAUUACUUUGUUUAAAAAAUGGUCUUGGAGGAGAUGAAAGGUAGGAUGGGUUGUAAAUUGCCUUUACAAGGCAAUAAUAAAAAUGUGCCUCCUUGAAAUUUUGUUCAAGCUAUAGAUUUGAUGGAGCUGUGUCUUGUUUUUAAGUUGCUUUAAAAAUUGUACUAGGUCUUCAAACAGAAUAAAGAUUGUUUUGAAACUGCA